AUGAACCAGUUCCACGACGGGCACCACGUGCGGCUGCGGAGCCGCGCGCACCGCACCCGCACCUACCUCCACGCCGCCGCCGACGGGGAGAGCGUCACCCUCAGCCAGGUCCGGGCCUCCAUGAACGCGGCGUGGACGGUGCACAUCUACCACCGCGCCGACGGAGACGAAGACGACGACGGCCCGUACCUGCUCCUCCACAGCGCCGCCUACGGCCGCUACCUCGGCGCCACGGACGUGCCGGCGCGGCGAGGCCACCGCGGCUUCCGCGCGGAGCUGCGCGACUACGACCAGCCGGAGGUGGGGGCCAUCAUGUGGCGGGCCGUCGGGCCGGGCUUCGCGGACGACGUCGUCCUGCUCCACCACGCGGGCGGCCGCUUCCUCCGCGCCAACGGCAGGUACCUCCCCUGGAACGCCGGCGUCAGCCUCGACGGCGACGUCAACUCCAUGAUGCACUGGGUCGUCGAGCCCAUCCCCGCUAGAGAGGCUGGCAUGCCUGCCAUUCCUGGCCCGCUUCCGACUCUCCCAAGAUUCCUCUCCCACAUGUUCACGGAGCCGGGACGGCGGAUCCGGUACACUCCGACGCUCGGCGGGGACUACCCCGAGGACAGCGCCGGCUGGCGCGAGUUCUGGUUCAGGGGGAGGUCCGUGUUCCGUCUGAGGAACCAGGUGGUGAUGCGCACCAGCAUCAACCUGUACUACCAGAACAUCGCCAUGUGCGUCCGAGCGGGCCGCUACGGGAGGCUGACCCCGCUCGUCGUCGACCUGCCCCAUGGCGGCUACGGCGAGACCCUCGAGAUUGUCAUCCUCGAGGACGAGAUUCGUGGUUUUGCCUUCUUGAUCAUGUUAUUGAUUAUUGGCGUGCCACCUAACUGGCUCAUAAUUUCUGCUAUUUCAGCCUACGAUGAUCUGCGACACCCAGAUAUCUACGCGGAGUAG